AUGACAAGCCAUCCAGAUUUACAGGAUACGGAGGCUGCGGGGCUGCUGAUGCUCUUUUCGCAUCAGUCUCAGCGUCUCAGUGCUGGAAGGUUUGAGGAAGCGCAGCCCGCAGUGUCGUCUGUGUCGGAAGCGACCGUGCAGGGCAAAGAGAGCCCCUCUGUGCGGCAGAUUGAUCAGGGCGUCGUGACGUCUCCUGGCCCUGCUGCGGCCGCUCUUGCGAGCGGAUCGUCCAACAACAAGGCAAUGGUUGCCGCUGCUGCGCUGGCUGCUGCUGCAGCGACACCGCUACCUCUGCUCACCAGAGAAAAGGAGGAAACCAAGCCAGACAAAGACCAGAAGGAGGAGGAGAAGCGGUCCGACUCUGUGGUGUCGUACGCCGUCGACCCGGACAGCGGCGUGAUCGGCUGUGUGUGUGCGUACGAGCACGAUGACGGGUUCACGAUCCAGUGCGACCGCUGCUUCCGCUGGCAGCAUGCCGUCUGUAUGGGCAUCGAUGACAUCGAUGACGUGCCUGAGACAUAUCUGUGCUACUUGUGCGAUCCGAGUCUUGUGGUGAACGCGGAGAAGGCGCGCAAGCUGCAGGCGGUGAGGAUGCAGCCGAAACGGCGUCGUUCGGGCAACGACGCGCAGGCUGAGGCCGGGCACGGACGCAAGGAGCUCGUGGACUCGAAGCCGCCAAGUUCGCGGGCCAAGAAGCAAAAGACGGGCUCCGUCGAGGCCGGCGACGAGGACGAGGCCGGCGGCGAGAUCGUGGAGCGGUACCAGACGCUGUAUGUGGAGAUCGACGGGUUUGAGUACAAAUCGGGGGCAGCCAAGACGUUGGUGGAGAAGCUGGCGACUUUGUUGCUGCAGAAGGACAGCCAGGUGCCUGAGUUCAAGGACGAGCACGACUUUGCGGCCAAGCUGCUGGCGAAGUCGAAGCUGGAGGUGAGGUCGGUGACGGAGAACGCGAAGGCGCGGUUCAACGGAUUAUCGAAAUUGUACCUGAGCACGGCCGUGGAGGUGCGCCCCAACCAGCUGCUGAGCGAGAUCGUCGGCGAGAUCGACCUCAAGGACAAUUACAUUGGCGAGAGAUGGAACCAGUACUGGCUGCUCGGCUGUGCGAAACCAAAGACGUUUUUCCACCCGCGGCUGCCUUUGGUGGUCGACCAGCGAGGACUGGGCAACGUGACAAGGUUUGUGCGCAAGUCCUGCUUUCCGAACUGCGAGGUGCGGUCGGUGGUCGUGGGGAACAGGCUGCGGUUUGUGCUUGCGGCAACGCAAAAGAUCGAGAGCGAGUCUGAGCUGACGCUGCCGUGGGAGUGGGACGACGCGCACCCGAUCCGCAAGCUCAGAGACGCGUCGUUCGACGCGCUGUCGCACGAGGAGCAGGCCAAGCUCGUGGCGUCUGUGCAGGCCGUGCUGGACCUGACGGAGUGCGGGUGCGCGUCUGGAGACUGCUUGCUAGCGAAAGUGAGGAGGGCCAGCACCAGUCUGCAGCGGCAGAGCAGGAAACACGUGCCGGAGCUGGAGCAGACGUACGAGCCGCUGGACGUGCGCGAGUUGCACCGAGAUAGGGUGAUAUUGGAGACGCUGGGGCGGCCGCUGAAAGACGAGACGCAGCUCAAGUUCGAGUCUGCUAGUCCUGCGCCGCUGGACCCGCUCGUGCUGCCUCCAAAGUACCAGAUCAUCAAAAAAUAUCUGCAGGAACCGAGACCCGCGCCGUUGCACACGUCCGACAAGCUGUACGUGCCGGUGCCGGUGGUGGCCAUCAAGGAGCCGACCAAGGUGGAGGUGGUGGAAGCCAAAGAGGAGGAGAGACCCAAGGUGGUGAAGAAGUUCAGCCUGGCGGACUACAAGAAGAAGUCGAAGGGCGAGAAGCUGGUGAAGUAA